AAAGCAGCCAAGUGGUUUAUUAGAGUUAAAAUUGUGGGAAAAUACAUUAAAACUAUGAAAUGAAAUCGCAAAAUCCCAAUUUAUUAAUUUUUUAAAAAUGUCUUCAAAACUAUUUGUUUUGCCAAAAGCUUUUGCCGCUAUUCAACGAGUAAACACAGAUGAACUUUCUCAAUUAAGUGAGACAGAGUUAAGACCGCUAUUGCCAUGUCUCGUUCGAAUGGCUCUUUGUGCACCUUUAGAUCAAUCAUGGGAAUGGGCGCAAAAGCGCAAAGUAAUUUUACAACUCCUUUCUGGAAUCGAAGUUGUCAAUUCUCUUGUUGCUCUUCUUUCGAUAGAUUUCCAUGCUUUAGAAAUCGACGUUAGAAAGGAACAACAAAGGUUUCUUAGAUUUGGCCCUUCUGGUGGCGAAAGUGUAUUAAUUUCAUCCUGUCCAAAUGGAUUAGCAUUAGAGUUCGAACGUAGUGAUGCAGCAAGGAGACUCAGAUUGUUUCUCAGCGAGUUGAUCUCGGUGAUGGUCCAAGUUAAAGAAGGAUUUUUUGAUGGAUUACAAAAUGCUGAAUUGUUUGAAAGUAUUGUUUAUUUGGAUGAAAUAGCAGAUGUUCUCUGUAUAGCACAAGCAGAAUUACCAGGAUUGUUGUUCAUACCAGAUAUUGCUGAAGCUCUGCUGCACGUUCCAAAUGGAAUCUAUUUAUUAAGUCGACUAGUUGCCAACUCUCCAGAUAGCUUUCAAGAAGUAUGCACAACUCUUAUUACCAAUGGGGACAAGCAAGAUGAAGAUUCACCUCUUGGAAAAACUCGAAUACAAGCUUUGCGAGUUUUGUGCCAAAUGAAUAUGCCUGAGAUUCUUUCAGUGAGAGGAAAAGCAGUAGAGCUUUGUCACAUGCCUGGCUUGACAAUAAUUCUUUCAUUGGAUUACUGUCGUUUAGAGCAAGGCAGUUAUGUAAAUCAUGAUUCGGUUGUUGGAGACCUAGUGGCUUUCAUCAGUGGUUUAUUGCUAGGAAGUGAUGACAAAGUUAGAAAUUGGUUUGGUCAAUAUUUCAGAAACUGCCAGAAGAAGCCUGAAGGUGAUGGAAAUUCAGUACUUCAUAUGCUGAGGGAAGAGUUGCUUCAAAGGCUCAAAAAUUUAGUUUUAUUUAGCAUUGAUCAUCACAAUUUACCUGAUGCAAAAGUUGUUCAAGCAAGUUCUUUAUUAAGAUUAUAUUGUGCAUUGCGAGGAAUAGCUGGUCUUAAGUUCAAUGAAGAAGAAAUAAAUCUUUUGCUUCAGUUGCUAACAUCUCAUCCACCUCCUAGUCCAGCUGGCAUAAGAUUUGUGUCGCUUGCUCUCUGUAUGUUAUUAGCAUGCCCAUCUCUUUUAACAACAGUUGAACAAGAAAAAAGAGCCACUGACUGGAUACAAUGGCUUUUAAAAGAAGAAAGUAAUUUUGGAAGCACAAGUGGAGUAAAUGCUUCCUUCGGUGAAAUGUUGUUGUUAAUUGCAAUACACUUUCACAGUAAUCAGAUAACUUCUAUCACAGAUUUGGUGUGUUCUACCUUAGGCAUGAAGAUUGUGAUCAGAUCAAAUAAUUUAGCUAGAAUGAAAAAUAUUUUUACACAAGAAAUAUUCACUGACCAGGUCGUUACUGCUCAUGCUGUGAAAGUUCCUGUGACAAAAAAUUUGAGUAGGAAUGUGACUGGCUUUUUACCGGUCCACUGCAUACAUCAACUUUUGAAAAGUAGAGCUUUCACUAAGUACAAAGUUCCCAUAAAAGACUGGAUUUACAAACAAGUUUGUUGCACUGUCCCACCGUUACAUCCCGUUUUGCCUCCUUUAAUAGAAGUUUAUGUGAAUUCUGUGUUAACUCCUAGUUCAAAAGGUUCCAUUGACACUACAAAUGAACCAAUCUCUGAAGAAGAAAUUCUUGCUGUUUUCUCCAAAUCGGUAUUUUUAUCAACUGAGCAAAGCAAAAACAAUGUCCAUUCGCCAGUUAAGGAGUCCUUGAAGAAAGAAGAGAGUUCCUCUCUAUCCUCUCAACUUCUCCUUUUGUAUUAUUUAUUAUUGUAUGAAGAUACAAGACUUUCAAAUAUGAAGAAUAUUUUACUCAGUGACCGAAAAGUCAAACGAUACUCACCUCAGUUUAUUGCUCAAAUUCCAAUUUUCUACCUGAUUCAGAGAGCUCAAAAAGAUCAAGAACAAUUUGCCGGCUUAUUUUCUCCUCUUUUGAGAUUAUUAACAAUGCACUAUCCUCAUCUGUGUCUAGUGCAGCCAUGGCUAACUGAUGAAGAUGACAUUGACUUAGCCCUCAAUAAUUGUCGUGUUAAGCUUCAUAAGUGGCCUGAAAAAGGAUUCAAUCAUGAUAGUUUGGAUAAAGCCUUUGAACAAGUGGAGAAUUGUCCGUUUCAGCUGCUAUCCCACUUGGACCAUCUUUUGUCCCUUUCUGUGCAACAAUUAUGGCCAUAUGCUUCAAAAUUUGUUUCCUAUAUGCCUAGAUUGUUGGACCAUUCAGAUUACUUGCAAAUUUUGAUUAAAGCAAAGAAAUUAUGGUGGAAAUUCAAUUCAAUUUUCCCCCGUAAACUGUGGGUGAUGACUGUGAAUGCUUUUCCUCAAAAAAUUUACAAAACAGCUCGCAAGCUUACAUUGGAUGAUAUUAUUCUAGAUCCACUUCACGUUCUUAGGUGUGAUAAAAGAAUAUUUAGGUGUCCUCCUUUUAUGGAAAUAAUUCUUCAUAUGCUGCAAGCAUUUCUUGCAGCCUCAAGGACACAUCUUCUGCACCAUACACUUGAACAGCCUAUGCUAGAGAAAACUGGACUUUUAGAAACUGAGAAGGACAGAGAAGACUUAAGAACUGCUUUGGUAGCAGCUCAAGAAAGUGCUGCUGUGCAGAUAUUGUUGGAAUGUUGCUUGCCCACUGAAGAAGAUCAAAAAGAAACUGGUUUGUUAACUAAUCUUAGAGAAAUUCAAAGCUUAAUAUGCUCUCAUCUUCAUCAAGUUUUCAUAUCUGAACCUAGUCUAGCAAAGUUGGUGCACUUUCAGACAUAUUCAAGUGAACUUUUACCAGUUGUUGUUUCAUCUGUUCCAUCUUUGCACAUUUGUUUAGAUUUUCUACCAGAACUUUUAAGUCAAGCAGAUUUAGAUAAACAGGUUUUUGCUAUUGAACUGGCUUCUCAUUUAUGUUCUCAGUAUGCUAUUUCAAAGUCUUUGAACAUUGCAAAAUUGUGCAUUAAUGUGUGCAAUACACUGCUUGGAGUGUUACCAAGUACUAUGCAUAACAAACUGUUUUUACCUGCUUUACCUGCUCUCAUUCGAAUGUGUGAAGCAUUUCCACCCUUAUGUGAAGAUGUUGCUCUUUUAUUGUGCCAGUUAGGACGAGUUUGCUUAUCUCGGAUUUGCGCCACAUCAAGUGUUGCACCUACAACUGCAGAUUUGUUGUUACCAAUGGAUGAAGUUAACCAACUGACAGAUUUCAAGAAGCUUGAAGUCAUAGUGAAUAAGCUGGACUCGGAUAAUGAUUUAUGUUAUGCCAUUCAAAAAGCAUUUGUUGAUUUGUGUUACACAAUAACACUUGACAGAACAUUGUAUUAG